UAUAUACUCGAAAGUAGAGACUGUAUAUACUAUAAGGAAUUUUAGAUUGGUAUUAUCUGUCUCUGUCUUACAUUAGAUAAUAUCUUAAGCGGUGACUGGAUUUAUCGUGUGUUACUCUGGGUCACAGGUCAAUCACGUUCUCUCUAAAUUGCUAAACAAUUUCACAUACAAAUCACUAAACUUACCAACAAUUUCUUUCAUAUUUUAAAUUACUAUUCACCUUUGUAUUAUUUUUAGUAAAUAGUAUUACGAUGUGAGUAGAGAAAGUCGAGUAUUAAUUUAAAAAAUAAGGAAAUUAUUGUAUUAUUAUCGCAUUCUUAAAUUUUAAUUUUUAUCUCUGCAAUGCGCUACACAUCUUUAGUUGGUUUAAUGUCAAGGUCAGAGAUUCAGGAUUCAUGCCAAACUUUGAAUUCUCUUUAAAAGAUAAAUGCCUUCACACGCGAUCAUAUUAUCUACCACAUGAGCUAAUAUAAUCUCCAGAUCUUGGCUGGUGUUUCAAUUUAUACCUUUUUACUUCCUUACCCAGAAUAACCAUAAACAAUAAAUAUUUACACGCGUUCAUUUUCAAUAAUAUACCCAUAAUUGCGGUAAUAAAAAUGAAAAAUAGAGAAAAAAAAAAAAAGUUUAAAGCCUACUGAAUAAUAAAUGAAACGGUAAAACAGUCUGCUCGAGAAGUAAAGUCGAGAAAAAAAAAAAAAAAAAGAAAAAGUGGAGCGAAAGCUUAAUUUCUUAUAUCUUGAUCACUUUGAAGAGGGUUGUGCUCUAAUGUUGAGCCACCGAGUAUAGUGUAGUAGGCGUCACAAGUCGAGAGAAAAAAAAAGCAAGAUAAAGAGAUGGAAAAGAUAGAAAAGAAAAGCAGAACGAAAGCUCUUACGGGUCACGUAUCCAGGUUCUGACCUAGUUACACUAUAAGCCCCGGGAAUAAUACCGAUAUGCGUCGCUGAUGUCUGAUGUGGUUGAUGGCCGAUGGCUGAUGGCUAAACUUUGUUUUCUAUUCACUGACAAACCAACCCUUUCAACUUCUUACUUAUUGUUAGUUGCUCGGUUGGUUAGUGCUCUAUCUAUAGAAUACAUACAUGUCUAUUUGUUAUCUUUAAUGACAAACACUACUUUGGUAAAAAGCUAUCGUGCUUUAAUAAUAAUAAUUAAAAAAAAAAAAAAAAAAAAAUGACUGACUGAUAUCGAGCAACGUCAGACAGUUGUCAAAAUUAAAUCGCGUUUGCUACUUAAUUAUUUAAUUAUUUGGAUAUUUUUUAUCAGCCAGUUAAAUAUUCGGCGUAAUAAGUGGGCGUAGGACCCCACCGUAAAUUCAAAAACAACCAAAUAAUUAUUUAAAUUAACAAUAAACAUUAAAUUUAUUAUUUAAAUUGAAUAAUUUUACUCAAAGUCGAUCCCUGAAUGUUGGAUUAAAAUGAUAAAAUAAAUCAAGAGCCAGCUGUUUAAAUUUUUAGUUAUUGAUAAAUAUUAGUUGGUUGAUUUUAAAUAAAUAGUGGAAUAAUAAUUGUACUUAAAUAAACGGCCAUUCUAUGUUUCGAGGUGUUGAGCGACCUGUUAGUUACAAUCGCCGUGCCAGAGAGUGGAUUAAUAAGAUGUUAUUUCUCUGGGCACGAGAACCAACGCCAAGUCCCAAGGGUAGUGUCUGGUUGACUUGGUUGACAACUGCUGCAUUUUUUUGGACAUGUAGACGUCCGAUUUUUCGAGCUAUACGUGGUGUCGUGUCACCGCUACGUAUUAUUGGUAGUCACGCUCCCUCACGGGUUCGUUCAAUCAACCGUGGAAAGAGACGAGAAAUAGCUGGAGUUGUCCCUGAUCGACAGAGCUUAAUUUUGCAUCCAAAGCUGCCAGUGGUAUCAGUGACGGGUAUCAGGACAAAAGUAAAGCGACUGGGAACUGGAGACGGGCCUCACUUAACUCCUUGCGCCAACGUUAAUAAAAUUUCACAUAAAAUUCAGUACAGAGUCACCAGAAGUGGUCGAGUCUACGGAACCUACGUACCCCAUUAAAAUAAUUGUCAUUUUUAUAAAAUAGAUAAUAAAAUUUAUUUUAUAAAUCCUUGAUCAUUUAGAA